GGAAGAGGCGGGACUAGGGCCCUGGUCGCUGGCCGGCUCCUGGGGGCCGUGACCGGGAACCGCGACCCCCGAGAGCCAGCCGGAGCCGGGAGAAGAGCGCGGGGCCGGGUAAUUCAGCCGCGGGUCCCGGCGGCGGAGCCCGGGUGCUGCUCGGCAGAGGCGGGCGAGCGCCUCCCCGGGGGCGUGGCCGGGCCCGGGCGGCCUGUCGGCCCAGCCGGUCUGAGCCCGGGACUCGCGUGGGGCGGCGGCGCGGCGGGCCAUGCCGGGGGAGCCCCCGUCGCUUUGGGAGCUGGUGGAGGAGCACGUGCCGCUCCCGGAGCGGCCCGAAGUGAAGAGGAUUCUGGGGGAGACGAUGGUGGACCUGAGCCUGGAGCUGCGGGCAGAGGUGUCUCAGCUCCCCUUGCAGGUGGCGAUGUUGCGGUCUCUGCUCCAAGAGGCGCGGUCCUCCCAAGCCCCCGGCUCCCGCCCCACCUCCGACCCCUCCUCCCUUCUGGCACCACCGCCCCUGCUGAGAGACCUCGUGCGCCGGGAGCUGCGGCAGCUGCUCCAGUGUCUCCGCCAGAAGGCCAUCUAUGAGGGCAGGGACCAGACCCAAGCCUGGGUCCAGUAUAGCCCCAGGGUGCUGCGCUUUGCCUUGGAGGAGCCCCGGUGUGAUUUUCCAGCACAGGAGGCGUCCCAGGGGCCAGCUGGUGAACCCAGCAGCAGUCGCAGAGACCUCCGUCUCAUCAAGGACCAGCUGGGCCUGUCCAACAUUGACCGGGUUGCCAGACACCUGCGGGGCCUCCUGGAGGAGGAGUGUCACACCUUGGAGAGGGAGAUCCCCGUCCUGCAGCGCUGCCUGGAGGCGUGCACAGGGGCACGCCAGGCCUCUGAAGCAACCCUAGAGCCCACCCUGGCAGAGCUACAGGAGCAGAAGGCGGCCAUGCAACAGGAGCUGCAGGCACCUCUGCGGCCUUCCUGUGCCUCCCCCAGCCACAGGCAGCAGCCCGUGGGGUCCUCCGGCCAGGGCCUCAGGUCCUUGCCUUGCCUCCGCGGAGCUGCUGGAGUUUGGGCAAGGCCUCUCCAGUGCCACCUACCUGCUCCUCCUCUGGAACGCAGGCCUCCAGGCCUGGCUGCCACCUGCCGCUGGGGACGGAAGCUCCAGUGCAGCCCCAGGAAAAGGCCAGCGUCCACCUCAGUGUCCAGUGCAGUGCCCCAGGCCCCGACCUGACCGCUGGCCACAAAGUAGGCUCUGGCUUCUGGACCUCGCCCCGCCUGCUACUGCCACCUCUCAGUUGCCAUGGCCUUGCCUGCUUCAGAUCUUGUCUUGGAUAGGACCCCAAGGCUGUCCGCCUGUCUGACCCUCCUCCCACCCCCUUGCCAAGUCCCUGGUAUCUGGUCCUGACCAUCACGGCCUUUGGCCUCUCUCCUCCCAGGCUUUCACAGAGCCUGGGUGUAGACAGUGCAGAGGUCUCGUCCCAGCCCCAAGUCUUGUCUCCCUGCGGGACUCAGACAAAGCACAGUAGCAGCUCAGAGACAGGAAUAGAAAUUUCAUUAAAAUCUAUGGACUUUAAAA